AUGCAUCCCCUCACACUCCUGACCCUCGCAACACCAGCACUCUCAGUCACCCUAACCUGCCGCUCCCUCAUCCGGUGCCCCCUCAUCUUCGACGGCCGCGUCCCUUCCACCGCCGUUCCGACCGACUUCGACACCCCGAACGGCGGCGGCUGGAACCCCUUCAACCCGUCCUACGUCAAGGGCAACACCCUCCUCUGGUCCGACAUCGUCCUCCUCUCGUCAGUCCCCGCUUCCCGCUUCGACGCCGCCGCCGGCUCGCGCGCGGUGGAGGUGACCAUCUCCGACGAGAGCAUCUUCAUGAGCCAGCGCGGGUUCCGCCGCGCGGGGCUGCAGUUCGCCGCGGACGCGAACACGGGCAGCCCCGCGGGUGAGGGGGCGAAGACGCUGCACUUCAGCGUGCGGCAGGACGCGGAGAGGCCUUUGAACCUGACGCAUGAAUACCUGAACGUCUGGCACGAGACGGCGGCGUACGACGCCAACCAGUUCAACUUCCAGACCGGCACCAUCAUCGGGCAGCCGGGCUUGCCUGAAGACACCUUCAAGCUGUUGGACAGGGAGAACCGGCUGGUGUGGUCCACUCCGAUGGCCACGGACGGUUCGUGGCAGAAUUUUGCCCUGACGCUGGACUUUGAUCAAAACACGAUCCAAGUCUGGUACUCCACCAAGGACGAGCCACUGCAGAAAUCAGGGGACAUCAUCUCAGCUAACCUCGCCGGCGAGGGCCAGUACCAGAUCGGCAUGCUCAAGAAGCCCACGGGGACCGACGACGUGGUGAACUCGGGGUACCAGGAGAGCGGCCUGGACGAGGGUCAGAUCUACGGCGGCAUCUUCAUCGAGGACAGUGCAGACGGCUGCGUGUCCGUGUGA